AUGCAUUCAGAUGAAGACAUUUCUACAGAUGUCAGUUCUCCAGUAAGAGAGAAUCCCGGGUCAAGUGGAAGUGAAGAUGAUGAUAUCUGCAUUAACGAAGCGGACAAGCAAAUCUUGGAAUGGGCUUCCAAAUUAGAGAUUGAAAGUAUUCAAGUGCGUGAAAAGUCGACAAAAUUGAUAAACCUAAUAGAUGAGAGGGUCAAUGAAAUGCAUUCUAUUUUCAAUGAGAAACUCAGCACAUUGAAAUUCGAUAAUGUAAUUCAAUUAUUGCAAGAUAAUAAUGCUCAUGUAUGUAAAUGGACAGAGUUGCAAAAGAAGAAUGAUUUCAAUCUCGAGAAGCUAAAUUUCACGAUGAACGAUUUCUAUUUGUUAUUACUCUCAUUAUCGAAGGAAGUACAUUCAAUAAAUGAGCAAAUAGCCGGGAUUAAGGAGGCUAACGUGAAAAAAUCGACUGGCUCUAAGGAGAUGAAAUCUACGUGUCAUUGUUCAUGCCAUCAUCACAAGGACACCUAUCUUGAUGGGACCACAAUAUCCAACAGUGAGGGUGAAGAAAUUGAAGGACCUAUUACAAGAUCCAAAUCCGUUAUGAUAAAGAAAUCAUCAAAGCCGAUGGCCCAUAAGAAGCCUAAACCCGUUACUGGCAAAUGGAAAACUAGAGGCACAGGCAGAGGUAGACCCAGACAGACUGCCACAAGGCCACAACGGUCGAAGAAGAAAGAUAGCGAUUCACCAACGAGGAAUACUAACGUGGCUAGGACCAUUAUACCAUGGGAAGAGCUCGAUGACACUUUAAGUAACGUUUAUUCGUCGGAGUUGUAG